CAAUUGCAAGGUAUAAAAGCUCUGCAGUCUCCUCUUAGUGUUGUACGUCUACUGCUGGAACACACGAAAUCACCAUGAAUACCCUAGUCGUCUUCUCUGUCUUGGUUGCUUCAUGCUUUGCCGGCUAUGACAAGAGACCCCAAGGGGGCUACAAAUAUGGAACUUGCCCUCACUACAUAGACUAUGGUGGACUUGGACAAUCUUGCUUUUCGGAUUACCAGUGCCCUGGCGCCCAGAAAUGCUGCAACUACAGAUGCCAAGUUCCUCGAGAAGCACAAAGGUAUGGUAGCUGCCCAAACAAUCCAGCCAGCCCAGGAACUGGACAAUACUGCAACACAGACAGAGAUUGUUACUACAACCAGAAAUGUUGUACUGGUAUUUACGGCACCGUCAACACAUGCAAGUACAUUGGCUAUUACGGAUAUAAUGGAGCAAAUGUAUUCGGAUCCGGUCAAUUCGGAGGCAACCUGAAUGGCCUCCAGGUGGGACCUUUUGGCACAGGACUGGGACAAUCCGUUGUGUUUGAUGACGAUUUCAGUGGAGUUGGCGUUCCCGCUUUGGGAGGCGGCGUUCCCGCUUUGGGAGGUGGAGUUCCCGUUUUGGGAGGUGGAGUUCCCGCUUUGGGAGGCGGCGUUCCCUUUUUAGGAGGAGUUUCCCCUGUGGGAGGUGCUCCUUUUUUUGGAGGAGCCCCUGCUGUAGGCGGUGUUCCAAGCUUUGGUCCAGUAGUACCAAGAAGGAAGACCUAUUAACGACAUACGCCUUAACCAUGUCCUUUCUAUCUUAGUUCUCAAUAAACCAUAUUAGCAUUUUAG